GAUACUGUAGCAUUUGGUGCCCAGUGACUUAUAAAGCCUAUGUGUUAACAUGCCAGCGUUUUCCAACUGGAGUCCAGUAGUCAUGUUGCUAGAACUUCAUUGCGGAGUGCACAUAGCCUGCCGGGGCAAGGAUCCCAAACUGCUGGACACAGCAUGACCGUCCCACAUCUGGAAAAUCUUACUGGUGUGACACCAUUCGUGACAUUGCGUUAAGGUGAAGCAACUAAUUACUCUCAGAAGUCUUUUCCUUGUGGAGGUCUGUGCUGACAGUGAUCAAGGGGCUGUUGGUUAUUGAAAAUGGAAGAAACAAGGAAGCUCUCUCCAAAGCCGUGUAAAAGCAAAGAACCUGUGAAAACAGAAUGGGGGUCUCAGAGUGUUGUAUUUACGUAUUUCCAAGGGGAUAUUAACAGCGUGGUAGACGAACAUUUUUCUAGAGCUCUAAGCAGUGCCAAGAACCCACAAGACCUAAGCACAAAGCACAAGAGUGAGACUGUUGUCCUGAAGAACGAUAGCAUGUCUCCCCAUCAGUGGAAUUUCUCUUCACAUUGCUCCAAACCAUAUCCGUCAUCUUCAGCUACAAGCAUGUCAAAUUCUGGUCUGAAUUUUUCUGCUGCUGGUAUGGCAGGCCAAUACCAGUCAUCAACUCUGCGGAGUCAACCAACUCAACCUGCAGAUUUAUGGCCCUUCCCUUCGAUUGGGACUCACAGUCUUACCAGUUCGGUAUAUCAUCAUGCCUUGCCUGACCUGCAUGCGGUAGAUGAACCGAUCUCUGACAGGAAAUACGGUUCUCUUCUUGGUCUUCUGCAGCAGGAAAGGUGCCUAACAUCCAUGCAAGAAUGUACCAUGAAGCAACACUCAAGUCCUGCUUGUAUGACUGGACCUGCUAGGUUACAAAAUAUAAGUCAAAGUUCAGCUCCUGGGGGAGAGAGAAGAGCAAGCUCUUACCAAGGCUCAGAAAAUCCCAGUGUAAGCCAUGCCACUGCAGGUAUUCAGAUUCAUGACAGAAGACGAGAUUUGUACUUUUAGCAACUGGAUGUUUCUACUUUGUUCUGAAAGAGAAAGUUCUUGCUGUGAACUUUUAUUAUUUGCAACUGUGAAUCAAGAAGAAAUGAACUGCAGCUAUUCUGUGCUUUUUCUCUCAGUUGGAAGAAUACAUGUACUAUUUGCUAUCUGGGGAAUGAAAAAUCAUCUUUUUCUAUUCAGUAAAUAAUUUCUAAUAGCUAUGGUAUUAAACCUGACAGUAUGUUUGUUGUGAAGAAAUAUUGUCAACUUAAGGCUUUUCAUGUAGCCCUCUUGAAAGGACUUUUAGCACUUUUUAAUCUUUCUGUGUUUAUUCAUUUACCUUCUCUUGAUAAGAAGCACAAUUCUUAUCAAUGCAGUUGAUAACAGAUAAGUGCAGGGAUGCAGUUAGCAUAAAUUCAGUGCUGCAGCUUCUUAGCUGAUUUGAUAUCUCCAUAUUGUUUAAAAUAGUCCUAGACCAUGGGCAAGAGACUUCAAGAAAACCACAGGUCAGCAAAACACAUUAUCAUGUUUUGGAAGUACAGUAAUUUGUAACCAUACUUGCAAUUCACAGGGACAUUCUUCAGAAACUAUAUAAUAUGCAUAUGCCCAAAGGCUCUAUUUUGCCUGCUCAUAAUGUAUAAUCAUCCUCUAGAAAACAGUGAAUUAACACUAGAUCUGGGAGGAAAUCUGGAUCCUCAUUGGAUGUAAUUAAAAUGCCGUUGAAUAAAAAGCUGGAGGUGGGAAUGGUCUAUUUUCCCAGUCUCUCUGCAGGUGUAAAAGGUUCUUCUAAAUAAACCCUGUGGGGUUGAAUUUUAAAUUAUUGACCUUGAAGGGCUUGGCCACCUGAACAAGCAAAAAUCAAUCUCUUUGUGGUAGCUGCAUCCCACAGACCUCAGAGCAGCGGAAUGGGGGGGUGGUCUGUCUCGAUGCUCUUCCGUGCAGCAAAAGUGGCAGCCAUGAACUGUGCAUCGAUACUGCACGUUCAGAUCCUCCCCUUGCUUCACCACUCGCCCUUGGCAAAUAUGUUUGCUGAAGCUACUGGGAGUAAAACUUCAUGUGACUGGUGUUUAGAUUUGUGCAUGUAAUCCCUGCAGUAAGAGAGACUGCUUAGCCUUUAUUGUAAAUCCUAAGGAUAAAAAAGAUUUGGGUUUAUUUUUUCCUUCUUCGUUAGCUAUACAUUAAUUUAACAUAAAGGAGCACAAUUAACUUUUUCUGACAACUCUACACAGUUGCUUAAAGAAAUUUGACCUUUGAGAUACUAGAGCUUGUGAUUUAUAGGACAAAUUCUUAGCUGGUGUAAGUGUUUGUGGAUCUGUUUACACCAGG